AUGGACGUGACUGCAAAUCCAACCAACCUAGGGGAGGAGCUCCUGGCCAACUCCACCUGGGCUGACUCCUACCACCACCAGAACCUCACCCUCACCCCUCCUCUCCUGCCAAACCGGGCCAGCACCCCAGUACCGGCAGCAUGCGAGCAGGUCCACAUCGCUGUGGAGGUUUUUCUUAUCCUGGGCAUCAUCUCGUUGCUGGAGAACAUCUUGGUCAUUACAGCCAUAGCAAAGAACAAGAACCUCCACUCCCCCAUGUACUUCUUCGUCUGCAGUCUGGCGGUGGCCGACAUGCUGGUGAGUGUGUCCAACGCCUGGGAGACCAUCAUCAUUUACCUCCUGAACAACAAGCAGCUGGUGGUGGAGGAACACUUCCUCAGACAGAUGGACAACGUGUUCGACUCCAUGAUCUGCAUCUCCGUAGUCGCAUCUAUGUGCAGCCUGCUGGCCAUCGCUGUGGACAGGUACGUCACCAUCUUCUACGCACUGAGGUACCACAACAUCAUGACGGUGCGGAGAGCCGGCUGGAUCAUCGCAGGGAUCUGGACCUUCUGCACCGGCUGUGGGAUCGUGUUCAUCAUCUACUCUGAGACCACCCCCGUCAUCAUCUGCCUGGUGUCCAUGUUCUUCGCCAUGCUGCUCAUCAUGGCCUCGCUGUACAGCCACAUGUUCAUGCUGGCCCGCUCCCACGUCAAGCGCAUCGCCGCCCUGCCCGGCUACAACUCCAUCCACCAGCGGGCCAGCAUGAAGGGGGCCAUCACCCUCACCAUCCUCCUGGGGAUCUUCAUCGUGUGCUGGGCCCCCUUCUUCCUGCACCUGAUCCUGAUGAUCUCCUGCCCGCGCAACCUCUACUGCGUGUGCUUCAUGUCCCACUUCAACAUGUACCUCAUCCUCAUCAUGUGCAACGCUGUGAUCGACCCGCUGAUCUAUGCCUUCAGGAGCCAGGAGAUGAGGAAGACUUUCAAGGAGAUCAUCUGCUGCUACAGCCUGAGAAACGCCUGCACCAACAUAUGCACCGCAACCGUCAAGUACUGA